AUGCAUUUCACUCCUUUUAUUUUACAAACACUCAUCAGUAAUGUUUCACUUGAUGAUGCACAAGCAUCUUCUCAAAGUACCUCUUCUUCUAGUGGAACGCGACUUGGUUGGGUAAAUAGAGAGAGUCGACUGAAUGCAGGUUCGAGACUUGCGAGUGGAAUAGGUUGGGGGAGUAAAGAUAAUAAUAAAGUAACAGUUGAAUCAGUAGAAGCUUGGGGAACAUCAGAUGGACAUAUUAUUCAUUAUGGGGUCGAUGAUCAAAUAUCAUCCGAAAAUAGCAUACCGAAUAGUUUUCAAGUAUCCAAAAUUCAUCUUGGAUUCGGUAAAAGAAUUGUUGAACGAAUUAUGUUAUUUCCUCAAAUUUCUGUGGCUGUUGUUUUAUGUGAUUCAACUUUAUCUUUUUAUUUAUUACCAAAUAUGGAACAAUUAUCAACAACAAAGUUCCCCUUCAUUAAAGGGGUAACUUGUUUUUGUCAUGAUGUAUCAAUGGAAGGAAAAGUUGAAGAAGAUGGCUCUGUCAAAAUUUGUGCAAUGAAGAGGAGAAUGAUUCAUAUUUAUUCUAUUAAAGAUCAAUGUACCGAAGAGAAGGGUAUUCAAUUACCAGACGGAGCGAUUACAGCUUGUCAAUAUGGACAAUUCGUUUGUUUGGCAGAUAAUCAAAGAUAUAAAUUAAUUGAUUUAAAAGAAAAAAAAUUAGAGGAUGUUAUGCCAUAUUCUGAAAAUAAGAGUGAUAGGAAUUCAUCUUUAAAUGAAGUAUUUAAACCAAUAAUUACAGUUAUUGGUGAUUCGGAAUUUUUAUUGACAUUACCUGCUGAUGCUGAACCAGAUCGUGGAAUGUGGGAACCUGUUCGAGGAACUUUACAAUGGCAAAGUUUUCCAAGAGCAAUUGGAGUUGAAUUACCUUACGUUGUAGCGUUAUUACGUAACAAUUAUAUAGAAGUUCAUAAUAUAAUGGAUCAACAAGUAGUUCAAAGUGUUCAACUUUCAUCAAAAUCCAGAACAAUUUCAACUGGUCCAGGAAUUAAAGUUCAAGUUGCGGGAUUAACGGAAAAAUUAAAAUGGGAAAAUGGAUCUUUCGAUAAUAAUAAUUCUAAAAUCCCUCAACAAUCGAGUACCGAACAAGCCAAUUUUUUGGCUACGGUUCCUACUCGACUUAUAAUUGCUGGUAGUGAAUCUGUUGAUGCAAUGUUGGACGCGAACUGUGUGGAAGAAGCUUUAGAAAUGGCGGAGCAGGCAAUAAGUACUGCGACUCCCGAAAAUGUUCAUAGUGAAAGAAUGCGUCACGAAUUUAAUUAUAUUCAUCAAAAAUCCGGAUUUAUUUAUCUCGGAGAAACUUUCUUUGAUUUGGCAGUUUCAUUAUUUGAAAAAGGGAAAACUGAUCCUCGGAUACUAAUAAGAUUAUUUCCCGAAAUGAGAGAAGUUUUCGUUGACGAUGAACAUGAACCAAUAUAUAUGUAUUCUGGAGUUAAAGCAGUAGCUGAUAGAUUAGGAAGUAUUGAAGAUAUUGUGUCUAGCAGUAUGAUAAAAAAUUAUGAUCCACAUAUCAAGCCGGACAUUGAUACAUCACCCGCCACACAAGAACUUCGUAAAGCUCUUAUUACAAAUGCUAAAGAUAUGUUACAAAAGUUUUUAACUUGGGAUCGAGGACAACGAAAGUCGACUUCAAAUGCACUAACAAAGAAAGAUAAAGUUAUUUUAAAGGCCGUUGAUAAUGCAUUGCUUCGUUUAUAUACUGAAUCUGAUUCGGAAGAUUUAUUAAGAAAUUUAUUAGAGAGCGAUAAUGAAUGUGAUUUGGAUCUAUGUAAGAAAGUAUUAGAAGAAAAUGAAAAAUUUUAUCCUUUUCUUAUUGAUCAAGAAAAUUCUGAUCUAGAUUUCCCUGAUGGAUUAAAACAAAUGUCUGAUCUACUUGCAAAAUUGGAUGAUCAAGAAUUGGUUUGGGAAUGUGCAAGUUGGGUUAUCCAUAAAAAUGAGAUAAUAGGAGCGACGAUAUUUAUUCUGCAAGAUGCAAAAAAGCCCCUUCUCGUAGAUCCAAGUACAGUACUUAAAGAGUUACGAUCAGUAGGAAAAGAAGGAUUAAAAUUGUUUCUUGAAUAUUUAGUGGAUACGCGUAAAAGUCAGGAAGAGGAACAUCAUACUGAAUAUGUAUUAUUAUCAAUACAAGAUAUUAAAGCGGAGUCACUUAAAAAAGAGACUCGUUUAAAAUUUGAUGCAUUAAAAUUCACUGAACACAAACAAAGUGGACAAACGUAUCUUUCAUUCUUAAUGAAUCAACCGAUGGAUGAUUCUUUUUCACAAGCACGAACAAAAUUAAUACUUUUCUUACAAUCAUCAAAUCUAUAUAAAGCAGAUGAAGUAUUGUUAAAAUUAAAAGAAGCCGAAAUAUUAAAAGCGGAAUUGGCCGUCGUCUAUGGAAAG